AUGUUUACUGUUGUGUUAAUUGGCUCAAUAGUUGGAUUCUCUGGUGCAGCAUUGGGUAGUGUGGGAGGUGUUGGGGGUGGAGGCAAUGCUUGCCUUGAUCAUUGGUUUGAUCCCAAGUCUUCCACUGCCAUUUCUAAGUGUAUGAUAAUGGGUGCUGCAGCCAAUGCUCAUGCUGGGCAUCAGCAUAGGAGUUGCCUUCAACGUCAUGUUCGCCCACUGGAUGGUCACAGUUCUACUUAUCAUUCUCUUCUUAGUUACAGCAGCAAAAGCUUUAAUGAAGGGCAUAGAAACAUGGAAGAAAGAGACAAUGAUGAAGAAGGAAGCAGAAAAGCAGUUGGAAUCAGAGUCCAAACCUUUCGAUUCUUGAGAUUGAACUACUGCAUCUGCGAAGAAGAACGAACCUAUGAUGUAGAUGGUUGGCUUGCUGCAUGGAAGAUAUUGAGCUGUGCGGAUGGUUCUGGAGAAGACUAUAAACUGCUACCCAGUGGUCCAGCUUCAUUGCCAGAUGAGCAGGUGCCUAUAUCACACAACGACGACAAUGUUUACUGGAAGGAGUUAUUGAUGAUUGUGUAUGUCUGGGUGGCUUUUCUUAUUGUUCAGAUUGUUAAGUCUCCGUUACGCUCUUUGAAGCCAAAUUCUUAUGCAAAGGACCAGGGUGAUUGCGUCCAAAGGAAAGGAAAUCACAAACUGGAAGUUGCAUCAGAUUUUUCCGUACUGCAGCUGUGGGAUAGUAGCUGGUAUAGUUCAACGCAAGACAAAAUUCACUCUAUUCUUUUUGUCAGUCAGAAAAUCUUGUCAAGAAAUCCUUGGCAAGGAAAAAUCACUGAAGAGGUUUGGAUUCAAAAUUCCUUGAUCAUUGGUUUUGAUCCCAAGUCUUCCACUGCCAUUUCCAAGUCCAAUGCUCAUGCUGGGCAUCAGCAUAGGAGUGGCCUUCAACGUCAUGUUCGCCGACUGGAUGGUUACAGUUCUACUUAUUAUUCUCUUCUUAGGAUCAUCAACAAUUCUCCUUAUGUCCUUCAUUCUAAAAAACAGGAAGACAAUUAUGAGGCGACUGUAAACAACGAGUCGAAUGAAAGCGAUAAACUUUCACUUUUACCAUUCCCUUCACGUUUAGGAUACUUUUCUCCUAGGUCAGUUAAUCAAGGAUCUUGUUGA